ACUUUCACUCAGCACCAUGCCACUCCAGCGGAUUGCUCUAAGACGGCCUGGCCCUCUCUCAAUCCUGAAACCCCUAUCCCUCAACACCAGCAGUCGACGACUAGACAGCCAACCAAAACCCGCAGCCACCCAAGACCAAAUCCGUCAGCGAACCCCAAAAUCUCGAAGCACCGGCUCUCAACUCCCCGUCAUCCCGCUCGUCGCCAUCUUCUGCCUGGGAAGCCUCUCGUUCUACUGGUUAGUCAAGAGCCGCGAAGGACAAGGGUCAAGCCACUACGUCCUGCCCGACAAAGCGCCGCCGAAACAAUCGUGGCCUCGGAGCAAGCAGGACGCCAGUUAGAAUCCUGCAGCAGCCACCACACAUACUACCUCCACCAUGCCUGCCGUAGACGUCCAGAACCACCCUUCGCUCCAGGCUCCCAAGCGCACGCAACCCCUCUUCUCCCCUGGCACCGGCAAGGACCAAGCGCUCGUGAUUUUCGUGCUCGGCGGCCCCGGCGCGGGAAAAGGCACACAAUCCGAGAACCUGGUGCGGGACUAUGGCUUCCGGCACUUGUCUGCGGGCGACUUGCUACGAGAAGAGCAGGAUCGCAAGGGCAGCGAGUUCGGCGACAUGAUCAAGACGUACAUCAAAGAAGGCCAAAUUGUGCCGAUGGAGGUGACGAUCCAGCUGCUGGAGAACGCGAUGAAUGCCACCAUUGCGGAGUCCGGGAAUCGCAAGUUCUUGAUUGAUGGCUUUCCGCGCAAGAUGGAUCAAGCGGUCAAGUUUGAGGAGGUGGUGGUGCCGAGCCGGUUCACGCUGUUCUUUGACUGCCCGGAGGCGACGAUGCGGGAGCGCCUGUUGAAUCGGGGCAAGACUUCGGGGCGGGCGGAUGAUAAUGAGGAGAGCAUUAAGAAGCGCUUCAAGACGUUUGUGGAGCAGAGUAUGCCGGUUGUCAAUCACUUUGAGGGGCAAGGCAAGGUGGUCAAGGUGGAUGCUACCAAGGAGCCGGACGAGGUGUAUCAGGAGGUCAGGCGGAAGUUCACGGCGGAGGGCAUUCAGCCGGAGCAGUAACGAGCCGUACUAUUCGAAUAGAAGCAUAUCAUACAUCUUGAACAUGACAGCUCGUGAGUGGAAGAUUCACUUGCGUGUGGAGGAUUGGAGGAAAAGGUGCAGCCGCGUAAAGAAGGCAGCGACUCCGACUCGAACUCGGGACCUGCCCGAAAAGGACAAAAAAACAAACUCCUUUUCAGGAGAGAAAGCAAGGCGAGACUCGUAGGACCCCAACAGGUUUGCAUUUUUG